AUGGAGAGCUUGUCUUUAGGUGACAUUAAGAAGCAAGCAUCUUCAUUCCUUCAGGAGAAGUAUAAAACAGUCAGGCUCACCUUGACUGACGUUACUAAGGCAGAAUUGUUGGCGGAGGAAGCAACCAACAAUGAUCCAUGGGGUCCUGAUGCUAGAACCAUGACAAGAAUAGCUGUGGCAUCCUAUGGCAUUGAUGAUUAUUGGAGAAUUGUUGAUGUUCUUCACAGGAGGUUAUAUGCGAUUGACUGGAAGCAAUGGAGGCAAUCUUAUAAAUCAUUGGUUCUGCUUGAAUUCUUACUCACUCAUGGACCUGAAGAUUUUGCUGAAGAAUUCCAAUGUGAUUCAGAUGUCAUUGAAGAGCUUGGAACAUUUAAACAUAUCGAUGAACAAGGGUUAAAUUGGGGUGACAACAUGCAAAAGAAAUCAGAGAGAAUACUGCAACUCCUGGAAGGAGGAGAAGUACUCAAAGAAGAACGUUUCAAGGCUCUGAAGAUAAGUAAGGAGAUCCAAGGCUUUGGAAAUGUAGUGGUUUCUUCUUCAUCAUCAUCAUCUCCAUCAUCAUCUUCUUCUGCAAAAGUCAGCACUUCAUCUUUUGGCUCAUAUUCUACCAGUAGUCCUACAUGUCAUGAGCUAGAUGAGUUUCUGAGCAAAGAUGAACUGCUAAUACCAACCAAGAAUCUGAAUGAGAAUUACUCUCAAGCAGGAUUACCAUCAGACGAGAAGCCCAGUACCUUUCCAGCUGCAGCUAAUGAUGAGGACGCAGAACGAAGACAUCUCUGGGACUCUCACAUUGAGGAAUCAGGCUCACUUCUUGAUCCUGAGGAGGAAUAUAAAGAAGAAGGAAAGGAAGGAUUUUUUGGUGGAAUUUGCUCGAAACUAAAAGACGGUAGUUCACCAAAGUUAGAAGGCAAGAAGGUGACCUUUAGGAGCUUGUCGGAUGUUGGGAAGGUGGUGAAGAAGACGUUCAAUCGUCAAUUCUCUGCAGGAUACUAA